AUGGCUUCAAUCUGGGGUCUCCUCCGGCGCAACUAUUAUAUCUUCAAUCCGCCGGUCGCGCCACGGCAAGAUGGGGCUCUCCGCUUCGGUAUUCUUGGUGCGGCCAACAUUGCACCCAUGGCCUUAAUCAACCCGGCCAGAUCCCAUCCAGAGGUUGUCAUCCAAGCAGUCGCUGCCCGCGACCCAAAGAAGGCCGCCGCGUUUGCGGCGAAGCACGGCAUCCCAGACGUAAAGCCAGACUAUCAGUCCAUCAUCGACGACCCCUCAAUUGACUGCAUCUACAUCCCACUCCCUAAUGGCUUGCACUAUGAAUGGACCGUUAAGGCACUUGAGGCGGGCAAGCACGUCCUCCUCGAGAAGCCGUCUGUCGCCAAUGCUCGAGAGGCGGAGGCGCUUUUCCGACUGCCACUACUCAAGGAGGCGAAGGCCCCCGUCCUACUCGAGGCAUUCCAUUACCGGUUCCAGCCCAGCUGGCAGUACUAUCUGACCCUGGUCGACGCACCGAACGUCGAGCAUGUGAAGGCUAGCGCACACAUUCCGUGGUUCAUUAUUGGGAACGACGAUAUUCGGUGGGAAUACGAUCUUGCCGGCGGUGCUCUGAUGGACCUUGGGACGUACACCAUCAGUGCGAUUCGCCAGACUUACGGCAUCGAGCCUGACGAAUGUCUGGAGGCCAAGUUCGACACCAUGCCUCCCCCCAAGGACACGGCUGACCACUCGUGGAACGUCACUUGGCGGAUGAAGAACGGCGGGACCGCAGAGGCAGAGGGAACGCUGCGGGCCGGGCUCGCUGCCAUCGGAGUGCCGAAGCUGAUUGUCACGCACAAGGAGACCGUCGUCGAGGACGCCAAGCUGCCGGUCGGGCAGGAGAAGACGCGCAAGCGCAAGAUUGACUUUGCCAACUUCAUGUUUGGCGGCAUAUGGCAUCGAAUCGACGUCAGUGACGAGUUCGUCAUCAAGAACAAGAGCAACGGGGCGGUGGUGAAGAGGUGGACGGAGAAGCAGUCGAAGAAGGCGUACACCUUCCAGGAGGUGGGCAUUCAGGCCGCCAGCGAGGAGCACUGGAUCACGUACCGACACCAGCUGGAGCAGUUUGUCAACCGCGUCAAGGGGCGCGAGACGCCGUUUUGGGUGGACGGGGAGGACAGCAUCAACCAGAUGAGGAUGAUUGAUAUGGCGUACGAGAAGGCGGGCUUGCCGCUACGCCACUCGCCUGGCGUCACGAUUUGA